UAACUCCUUUACGGCUGCGUACCGCCCCAACCUCUUGUGCUGAGGACCGAACAUGGAGACAGCUGGAAAAGUUAUCAAGUGCAAAGCAGCUGUUGCCUGGGAACCGGGGAAGCCUCUUUCCAUUGAAGAGGUGGAGGUAGCCCCACCUAAGGCCCAUGAAGUUCGCAUCAAGAUUUUUGCUACAGGGGUGUGUCAUACAGAUGCCUACACUCUGAGUGGCAGUGACCCUGAAGGACUUUUCCCUGUCAUCUUGGGCCACGAAGGUGCUGGAACAGUUGAGAGCAUUGGUGAGGGUGUCACCAAAUUCAAGCCAGGUGAUACUGUCGUCCCAUUGUAUGUGCCCCAGUGUGGUGAAUGCAAAUUCUGCAAAAACCCCAAGACCAACCUUUGCCAGAAAAUUAGAGUAACCCAGGGUCAGGGCCUACUCCCUGACAACACAUCACGCUUCACUUGCAAGGGAAAGCAAGUGUUUCACUUCAUGGGGACCAGCACCUUCUCGGAGUACACUGUAGUGGCUGACAUCUCUCUGGCCAAGGUGAACGAGAAAGCUCCACUGGAUAAAGUGUGCCUUCUUGGAUGUGGCAUCUCUACAGGUUAUGGUGCUGCUCUUAACACUGCCAAGGUUGAGCCUGGUUCCACUUGUGCUGUAUUUGGCCUGGGAGCUGUUGGCUUGGCUGUUAUUAUGGGAUGUAAGGUUGCUGGGGCAACCAGGAUCAUUGGUGUGGACAUCAACCUUGCAAAGUUUGAGAAAGCUAAGGAGUUUGGCGCCACUGAGUGUGUGAACCCCAAGGACCAUAGCAAGCCCAUUCAGGAGGUUCUGGUGGAGAUGACUGACGGGGGUGUGGACUAUUCUUUUGAGUGCAUUGGAAAUGUGCAAAUCAUGAGAGCUGCUCUGGAGGCAUGCCAUAAAGGAUGGGGGGAAAGUGUCAUCAUUGGUGUAGCCGGAGCUGGACAGGAGAUCUCGACCAGACCAUUCCAGCUGGUGACAGGCCGAGUGUGGAGGGGCACAGCCUUUGGAGGGUGGAAGAGUGUGGAGAGCGUUCCUAAACUGGUGGAAGACUACAUGAAUAAGAAGCUGAAGGUGGAUGAGUUUGUGACCCACACUCUGCCCUUUGAAAAGAUCAAUGAGGGAUUUGACCUCAUGCAUGCUGGAAAGAGCAUCCGCACAGUGCUAACCUUCUGAGGUGCCUGAAACAUUAACAUCCUUCACAUCCGGCCUUUAAACAGUCUCCUUCCGUAGUUGCAGCACUUAAUGUAUUGCACUUGUUUUGUUGAUAAAUGAUUUUCUAAUACUGAAACUUAACAGCAGAAUAUCAGUUUGAAACAAAGUCAUAAAAUAUUUUUGAAAAUGCA